ACUACAGCUAAGACCACAGCUAAGACCACGGCUAAAACUACAGCUAAGACCACAGCUAAGACCACAGCUAAGACCACAGCUAAAACCACGGCUAAAACCACAGCUAAGACUACAGUAAAGACAACAGCUAAGACAACAGCUAAGACCACUGCUAAAACAACGGCUAAAACAACGGCUAAAACCACAGUUAAAACCACGGCUAAGACCACAGCCAAGACCACGGCUAAAACCACUGCUAAAACCACGGCUAAGACUACAGUAAAGACCACAGCUAAGACCACAGCUAAAACUACAGCCAAAACCACAGCCAAAACCACAGCUAAGACCACAGCCAAGACCACGGCCAAGACUACAGCUAAGACCACAGCUAAGACCACGGCUAAAACUACAGCUAAGACCACAGCUAAGACCACAGCCAAGACCACUGCCAAAACCACAGCUAAGACCACAGCUAAAACCACGGCUAAAACCACGGCUAAAACUACAGCUAAGACCACAGCUAAAACCACAGCCAAGACCACUGCUAAAACCACAGCUAAGACCACGGUCAAGACAACAGCCAAAACCACAGCUAAGACCACGGCCAAGACCACAGCUAAAACAACAGCUAAAACAACAGCUAAAACCACAGCUAAGACCACG